CCGUCUCAUUGUUUGCGGCUCAGUGUUGCUCUGCUGCACCGCCGGGCGGAGAGAGCGACGGGUGGAAAAUGGCGGACGGUGUGGAUCACAUCGACAUCUACGCCGACGUAGAGGAGGAAUUUAACCAGGAGUCCGACUACCCAGUCCACGAACAGAUCGACCUGUACGAUGACGUAAUAUCCCCAUCAGCCAACAAUGGCGAUGCUCCAGAAGACCGCGACUACCUGGACACACUGCCUACACCAGGAGGCUCAGAGGGAGGGAAGAGUGCCCCGCCCAAUGUGGUGUACACCUACACAGGCAAGAGGAUUGCCCUGUACAUAGGCAACCUUACAUGGUGGACGACAGACGAGGAUCUGACGGAAGCUAUUCGGUCAGUAGGCAUCACAGACGUUCUGGAGAUCAAGUUCUUCGAAAACAGAGCCAAUGGCCAGUCUAAAGGGUUUGCGCUUGUCUGCGUGGGCUCAGAGUCAUCAUCCAGAAAAUUAAUGGAGCUACUGUCAAAGAGAGAGCUCCACGGUCAGAAUCCCAUCGUCACACCAUGCAACAAACAGUCCCUCAGCCAGUUUGAGAUGCAGUCACGCAAAAGUACCCAGUCAGGCCAGAUGUCUGGGGAAGGUAAAGCGGGUCCCCCUGGCGCUGGCCCUCGUGGGGGAUUCCCCAUGGGUCGAGGCAGAGGCAGGUUCCCUGGACCACCUGGCCCCGGUGGAGACCGCUUCCCUGGUCCUGUUGGGCCCGGAGGACCACCACCACAUUUCCCUGGCUCGGGGAGACCUGAUCUGAUUAGGCACCAAGAUGGCCCUCUGAUGGAUAUGAGUUUCAAUCCCUUCCCGCCGGGGGGUAGGAACGGGAGCUGGCGUGGCAGAGGUGGGAUGCAAGGUCCCCCACGCCCCCCUCCUGGUCCACCUGGUCCUCCCGGUCCUCCAGGACCCCCACCUCCUGGCCAGGGUCUCCCCCCUCCUCUUGCUGGUCCUCCAAAUCGUGGCGACAGACCUCCUCCCCCUGUUCUCUUCCCUGGUCAAUUCGGCCAGCCUCCAAUGGGACCCCUGCCCCCAGGCCCCCCUCCUCCAGGUUAUGGCCCUCCCCCUGGUCCCCCACCCCCUCAACAGGGCCCCCCACCUCCAGGACCCUUCCCUCCACGUCCCCCAGGACCCAUUGGGCCUCCUAUGGCUUUGGCUCCACCUCCACAUAUGCCAGGUCCCCCACCGGGUGGACCGCCACCAGCACCCCAUGUCAACCCCGCCUUCUUCCCCCCACCCGGCAACAACAACAUGCCCCCCAACGACAGCCGAGGCCCCCCCGGACCAAACGACCCAUACGGACGCCCGCCACCAUAUGAAAGAGGGGACUACGGUCCUGGAGGCCGGGAGAUGGAGGCGUCACGGGCCCCUCUGAGUGAGGCCGAGUUUGAGGAGAUCAUGAACAGGAACAGAGCCAUCUCCUCCAGCGCCAUAUCCAGAGCGGUGUCUGACGCCAGCGCAGCUGACUAUGGCAGUGCUAUAGAGACCUUGGUGACAGCUAUCAGCCUGAUUAAGCAGUCCAAAGUGUCAGCAGAUGACCGCUGCAAGGUCCUCAUCAGCUCCCUGCAGGAUUGCCUCCACGGCAUUGAGUCAAAAAGCUAUGGUUCCGCCUCCAGUCCAAUGAUGCUUGUCCAUGCCAGGCGAGAACGUUCCAGGGAACGAGACCACAGCCGCUCCCGAGAAAAGAGCAGGCGUCACAAGUCUCGCAGUCGUGACCGGCAUGAGGACUAUUACCGAGAACGUAGCCGGGAGCGGGACCGCCACCGCGAGAGGGACAGGGACCGAGACCGGGAGAGAGAGAGGGAGAGGGAGUACAGACACCGCUAAGUGAAAAGAGAGCUAACGAGGAUCAAGGAUGGAUGGAAGGAAAAGGAGGAAGAAUUUCAGUGCGCCACCACCUCCCCAACCCUGCAUGACCGGACAGGAUUACAACCACCACCACCACCACCUCUUCCUCCAUCUCUCCUCUUCCUCUCCGUCUCCACCCAUCCUUCUCUCUGUCUGUUCAUCUUGUCUGCCUGAAUAAGAGCAGUGGAUGGAAGACCCUGACCUGUGUAAGGCUAUGUUAUCCAAACAUCUAUACUCAUGGUAACUAAAGAUGAAAGAAAAACUUUCCAAACAGUUCUUUUAUUUUUAUGAUGUUUUAUUUGACAUAAAGAUGACAACGUGUGAUGCUUUUUUUUUUUUUUGUUUGUUGUUGCAAGUAAAUAAAAUGGCCCACACAAUCCCUAACUAGACGACACACAUUACACCUUUUUGUUAUUUUUCCUCGGCUCGCUGUCGCUGUACUGUGUACAUUCAGUUUAGAGAUCAGUUUUUAUAGGGUACAUAUUUGAUGUGUUCUCCCCACCCCUCCCUCUCAUCCUCAUUUAUUCUUUUCGUUGUUAGUAUGUUUGUAAAUGUCUCUCUGCUUUUGAUUAAAAACUAGAUGGUGUUGUAAUAAAAAAUGUUUACUGAGGUACUCGAUGCAUUUGGUGAAUUCCUCUACAUGUUUGGCUCAUUUAUAUUAAAUGUGUAUUUUGGACUGCACUGUUUUUCAUAUUGACUUUGUCUACAUUUGGAUUAUAUAUUUUUAGCUGUAUUGGCCAGCAGUCUAGAAAAUGGUCCCCUUUUUUUUGUUUGUUUUUUAUUUUAUUCUUCGAAUGGAUAAAACUUACAAGGUAAGAAAUUGAAUGAAUGUACUUUUCCUGCAAUGUGAAACUGACUGGUUGAUGGGAGGAUAUGUAGACCUUGAACAAGUUGAUGGUCUACAUGUACAUGCAGGCCUUUGAGCAUUUUGGGCAGCUUUAUACUGUGUUCACACCAAACGCAAAGUGAAUUUUCAAGCCAUGUUACAUGUUUGAGUUUGACAGCAUUUGGAUUUAUUUGUGCAAGAUGCACUGGUCAAGAUAUAUUUCAGAAGUUUUACAUUUCGAUGCUGAUUUGUAAAAACCCUGAAUUCCUGCUUUGUCUAGUCUGUCGGCAAGGCAACCAAACUAUUUUUAAAAAACUUGUUUCUGAAUGGAGUUUGGAUUGAUCUGAGAUAUGCAAUCACGUUCUUGCAUUGCCGUGUGUGCAUGCACGCAGCUUAGCGUUUGAUGUGAACACAUCAUUAGACCAAUCUACAUUAACCAAAAUAUACACAAUACUGUUUACAAUGUAGGUAAUGUUGUGUGUAGAGGCACUGAGUGAGUCGUGCUCAGAACUCUUCAAAUCCAAAUUUUCUGUAAAGUCCUUUUGUUGUUGUGAAAUUUAUUAAUUUUUAGAUUAAUUUGUUAAUUCAAGAAGCCAUUGUAGUUGAAUUUUUAUAUGGUAAUCAUGGUCAUCUUUCCAAUAUCUAAUUUUUUGAAAUUUCCCGCCCAAAAAAUACACUUUUACUCCUUUGUUCCACUUUUAACAUGUUUUUGUAUGUUCAUUUUUAACAGCAAAAUACCAAAAGAUUCAGUGAAACUGGUUCUAAUUUAAAUACAGAAUGUGCACCAUAA